GUAUGACUUGGCAUUACAGUCUUCCUGGUACAACCUUCGCUGAUGCUUUCAUUUCUGAUGAAGAAACAAACUCAUCGACAUCUUGGGUAGUAUUGAGGGUUAAAACGAUUGAUUCCACAAUGGCUAGCCACAGUCCUAAAAGAAUGCGCCUUCAUGAUGAAUCAUCUGUUUCACAUAACAGUGCCUCUUCAAUUACCUGCACAGAAUCACCACUGACAACAGAUAUGACCAUCAUGGUGCAAACAAAGAAAAUAAUGGAUGGUGUAAAUACUAAAAUUCAAACCAUAAAAAACAUCGACCAGCCCAUGGCUACAUUAAAAUCCUACAUAGUAGAUAUCAUUUCAAAGAUGAAUCAGAUAGAUAAAGACAACAGAAGGAAAGCAACAAUAGGGAUAUUUGGACAAUCAGGACAUGGAAAGAGCUCCUUAAUAAAUGCAAUCCUGGGAGAAGAGGAUUUACUGCCACCUGGUAGUUUAGGUGCCUGUACAGCUGUUGUUACGCAGGUGGAAGCCAAUCUGGAUGACUCCAACUAUACAGCAGAGAUCGAACUAUACUCUAAAGAGGAGUGGGACAAAAUGCUCCAAUUACUUUUCAGAGUUUUGUCAGAUGACAGUGACGAUAGAGAUGAUGAAAUGUUUGAAAGUGCUAAGGAAAAGAUUGCGGCAGUGUAUGGAGAAGAUGCAGAUAAUAAAAAAAUUGAAGAACUUAAAAAGGAUGAGAAAUUUGCUGAAAUCAGCAACUUUUUGUCCAAUAGUGAAAAAAUCAUCUCAAAAAGAGAAAGAUCUGACUUUGCCAGUGAACUUGCAUGUUUCAUACAAUAUAGUGUGGCAAGUCCUGGUGGCUGGUACUGGCCACUUGUAAAGAGUGUGAAAAUCAAGAUUCCAAACUGUGAUGAACUUUUGAAACACAUUGUCCUACUUGAUCUUCCUGGGACUGGAGACUGCAAUAAGACUAGAGAAGACCUGUGGAAAUCUAAACUAAGAGAGUGCUCUUCUGUGUGGAUUGUAAGUGAUAUCAAUCGAGCAAUCACUGACAAAGAUCCCUGGGGGAUAUUAAAGCACUCCAUUCAGGACUUGGGACCAGGAGGAGAAUGUAAAAACAUUAGCUUCAUCUGUACAAAGACAGAUGAUAUCAAUCCAGGAGCCUAUAUGAGAUCUUCACGGCUGACUAAAGAUGAAAUAGAAAACAAGGAUCAGACAGCAGUGUGCAUACUUCACAGAAACAAAACCACUAAGGAAUCAGUAAAAAAAAAAAUUGAAAGUUUGAAUCCUGGAACCAAAAAACUGAUGGAGAAAAUCAGCAUUGAAGUUUUUACUGUAAGCUCCAAGUCAUUUUUCAAGCAAAAUUCAAAUUUGGAACCCACUGAAACAGAAAUACCAAAGUUGCAGGAAGUUCUGAAGAGUAUUAACAGGACGAUUAAUCAAGAAAUGGCAAGAGGUUAUGUCAGUGAUGCAAAGGGAGUGCUGUCCUUGAUCCAGAUUUUUUCACCAAAUACAAAUGAAGACACGGUUGAGACAAAGGCCAAAGUUCACGAUGAGCUGGCGAACAAUCUAAAGAAUGCACUGACAGAGUUGGACCGUCAGUUUGAAAUAAUGUAUGAGAAUCUGGACAGGUGUCUCUCAGAGGGGGUACAAAAUUCAGUGAGAUUAUGUCUUGCUACUGCACAGAAAGAACUGAUCAAACCUGAUAACAUCGAUAAUAGAGGAUAUCAUAAUACACUUAAAGCUCUAUGCAAGAACAAAGGACACUACUGGUCAAAAAACUGGUGCAUGAUCCUAGAUCUCAACGAGUGUUUGGCCACACACAUGCAGGAAAGCAUUAAUGAGGAAUUUAAUCAAAUUUUUCCUGUUAAUGAAAAAACAGAGGAAUCAUUGCAAAAACACCUUGAUAAUGUCAGUAUCAUCCAAAGUGACAAUAAAUACUCCAGAUCGGCUAUGCUAUAUCACAUUCAGAAUUUCAUCAAAACACGGGAAAACAAACUGAAGGUGUCACUCGGCAGAAAAGUUAUUAACAAGAAGAAGGAAAUCUACUCAUCAAUCGCAACAACGAUUCAGGAAAAAAUGGGUACUGGCUAUGAAAAAGCUGCAAAAAUAAAAGGAAAGGAUACCUUAAAGAAAAUGCAGAAGGUUCUAAGUGAUACCAUUGAGUCAUUAAAAGAUGACAUGUUCAACGAUGCCAAAACGGAGUUCCUUGAGAGAUUUAAUAUGUUGAAGCUCAAAAUAAAGAAUGACUUUGAAUCAGAGAUGAAAAGCUCAAUGGAACCCUUUAAUCUCCACACCGGCAAGACCACUCUUUUGGAUGUCUCCAGAGAGAUUGAGGAGAUUGAGCGUGUGGCAAAAUAAACAACCACAAAGGACAACUGACAACUGGGGUGAUGGUUUUUAACUACAGAAUCUAUGCUUUUGUUAGAAUCAUUGUUUUUUUUUUUUUUUUAUGACAACAUCCCUUUCCACACUAAAUGAUUUUGUUUAUUUUAGGGCUGGUAGAUGUUAAGGGAAAUGUAUUCCUACAAAUGUUUGGAUUUGCUUUGCUUUAUAUGCAUACUGAUUUUGGGGUUUUCUUUGAGUUUAAAAUAUUUUUAUUUUUUCUGCACUAAUGCUGUAAUAGGUUACAGAAGAUACAGCAAAAUGUUUUUUUUUUUUUUUUUUAAAUAAAAAUAAA